AUGCGCUACGAAGACUGGGAUGUGCUGCUCUUCCCCAUGGACUCCAAGGUCCCUAUCAAGGAGUUCAAGACGAGCUGCCAUGUUGUCCAUGACACUGAGUUCGCCUACACUCAUGGAUCCUUCGGCUUGCCGACCAUGACUUGCUUCAUGCCCGGCCUCUCUCCCGGCACCCCGUUCAACAUCUCGCUCCACUGUUGGAAGACUCCCGACAUCAGCCAGUUCACACGAAACUACAGCAAGCACCCCGAGCUGGUCAAGUUCGAAACAAGGGUCUUGGUCGAUGGCCGCUUGGUUGCCUCCUCGUCGUUCAAUCGCGGUGGGCCAUGGCCCCAAUUGAUCAAUCAUAGCUUCGAGUUCACCAAGAACGGAGAUCUCGAGAUUCUCAAGUUUCCUACGUUUCGUAGUGAACUCCUCCGACAGAGCUACUGGAGCCCAGCCGAUGAGGUCGGGCGAAUCAAGAUUGUCAUCAGCGAGGGUUUCCCACGGGACUCUCUGACUGUUCCAAUCGAGCGAGUGAAGAAUAUCAUUGCGUUCUCAUUCCAGCAUGCUCCUAUCGACAUUCUGGAGACUUCUGGGAUUGCUUGGCCGAAUCCCGCUAUGUGGCGCCGCGGACCUUUCAAUCCUACCAUGCCCGUACCGACACAGCCUCACGAAGAUGGCCCUGAUGCACACCUUCACUCUCCACGCCGUCGAGCGAGUCUGAUGAAGGCGGCAUCGACCUCUUCGGGAUUUGGAUCAGGCAGUCUGGGGAUGUCGCAAACCAACACAAACAGUUUCCUCGGAUCCAUGCCCAACACCCAGGCCGUACUUCAACGGGGAGGAAAUGCUUCCAGCUCCGGAUAUACGGACCCUUUCGGUCAACAGAAGUCCGAUACUACUGCUUAUCUUGACUGGACAAACAACUUUGGGCCCGUCGGAUAUACCCAGGCCGGUGAGGCGAGCAAGUCAGGCUUCAACACUGCGUCCGGUCGGAAGACCACUGAACACAGGAAGAUAUCGAGCUCGGACGCCAGUAUGCUGGAGUACAAUUUUGGCACCUCGAGCAAUGCCCACCGUAUAGCAGAUCUUCAGUCGAUGAACUUCUCUGGGGCCCUCGAGGAUCCUGACAUCAGCACUCUUGCCCCGAAAGCCCCAGCCAAUACUCCGACGGCCAUGGUGGAAUCCAGCUUUAUUGAUGAACUCGGGAUCGACGUGAACAGGAUUGGCACAUCUGGAAACACUCCACCAUCGGACGAUUUCUUCAACUCGAACACCAACUUCUCAUCGGAGCUGGCCACCUCGUUGACUCAUUCGCUGCUGAACCAGCCCCAUCCUCUACCGGUUCAAGCAUCAAACAUGUCCCUUCCUGCGACCGACGUCAAGUCCCGGAAGGAGAACCGCCUGAACCAAGAUGCUUUCGGUGAAAGUACAUCGGGUCUCGAACACAUCGACAUGCGCAAGGUAUCACAAUCGGCCUUCAGCAAUGUGGGUAAAGAUAGUCGGGACACAAGCACGACUAACUCCCCACCCAGCCAAAGGACCUUCUCGGGGGUAUUCUCCCACCGAUCUAUAUCUGGAGGUGAGUUUGGGCACGACUUGACUAAUGUCGUCAACUCUUUCACGCGUCCCAGUGGUGACCCGGCUGUGAGCGGCAACUUGAACACGGACAAGUUUAGCAAACGUACUCGCCAUUUCACGCCUGCUAGUGCAAAGGCGAUCGACGAUGAGGACGAACCUCGGCGUAGCAGCCCGAGAGUUCGCAUCCCGGAACUCGAGGAUCAAAUGCCGCAGACCGAUUAA